UUCUCUCCCUCCCAUCUCUGUCUAUCUCCAGAUCCCAUGUACAAAAGCAAAGUACUAAGCAAAAACACGAAUCUGGGGUUAGGGUUAGGGUUAAUGUUUGGUGUGUGAUGCAGGUGAGGAGAGUGUUAGAGGUGGAGCCACCGAGCCCAUUUAGAUACGUGAUGGGAGCAUUGAUCAUGAUGAUCGGAGUGGUGUUGCCCGUGGGCUACAUGAUGUUCCGCAACAAGCGCGUUCCUUCAUCUUCUUCCUACUCCAAACAGACGUAGGAACAAAGGGUUGAUAUAAGAGACGUUGACAAUGGAGACCUCUAGAUUCAAUUUGCAGGUUUAUGAGUAUGAAGAAGAAGAAGAAGAAAAAAAUGAGGAAGCUUAACAGAUCUGCACAGUAGAAUGUAAAUGUGUUGAAACUCCAAUUCUGUUAAAUGGGUUGUUUAGGAUUCUGAUUCAAGUCCUAAAAUGAUAUGCUUGUGCCAUUAUUCUUUUCCUCCUUGAUUUCUUUAUAAAGGUGCUAUGUUAAUGUUUGUCAUAUACUCUUAUUCCUUCUUGCUUGAAUAAAUUUGUUCAUGCUUAUUUCUUUCA